UUUCCUCAGUGUGUAACUAAACUUCGAUGUCAGAUUUGUGGUGAUGGAAAAAGUUUGUUUUCAGUUUAAUUCGUUCAUCAAACUAAAGAUAAUUUUCUCUAAAUUGAUUGAGCUAGGUAGUUGAAAAAUACAGGGCAAUCAAAUCCAACUAAAGAUCGGAUAAUGGAUGAAACCGUGGCGGACUCUGCCAGUAACACCCUGGAACCCAAGAUGUCCAAGCUGGAAAAUCUAGCUGGAGAAUGUCGGCUUUGUUUGGAUCCAUUUGCCGUGAAUGUAGUUUCGAUCGCUGAUCCCCAACUAAAGGGUCAAAUGGAUAAAGUUUUCCCGUUUUCGAUCGAACCAGCGGACAAACUCCCCAUCGGAGUGUGUCAAACAUGCUUCUCAGUCAUCACGGAGUUCUACUAUUACACAGAAAAAGUACAGUCCAACCAAUGCCAAUUGAAGGCCCGGAUAGCCGAUCAAAAGCAGAACCUAGAAAACAUCAAAGUAGAGCUCUCCCUAGAACCAUCGGUAGAAAUGAUCGAAUCGCAAGAAUCGCUAGUGUUCAAAGAUGAACCUUCACAACGUUCCGACGAGGACGAAUCGUCCGACUCUAAACCGCUUGAAGUGUACGCGGAGCAGUGCGCUCCUCCGAAGAAACGUACCUACAGAAAACGGAAGAAACUCAUUCCCACCGUUUCAAAGGACGAAUCAGGCUCAGACGAACCUGAAUCAAAACCCACAAGAAAGUACAACAUAAAGCCCAAGGAAGAACAGUGGAAGGAUGAGAAGCUCAUAUCGGAGUUCUACCGCAUGGCUUGCGAUCUGUGCGGCAAUGUGCUAGAUAACAUUAAAUCCCUCAAUUCUCACUUUCGCAAGGAGCACCAACAGAGAGGGUACGUGGUGUGCUGCAACAAAAAAUUAUACAAAAAAUGUAUCAUGCUGGAGCAUAUAAAAUUCCACACCAACCCUUCGGCUUACCGAUGCGAAAUUUGCAACAAGAACUACAAAAACAAAGUCUAUCUAUCGUUGCAUCAGAUAAAGUUACACGGUAAGGAAGAGGAUCGACCCUACAAAUGUGACCGCUGCAAGCAAUCCUUCGCGAAGAACUACCAACUGCAAGCGCACAUAGUCACACACGAGAAAGUCAAGUGUCCAAUAUGUGACCGUCUUAUGGCUAACAAGAUGGCAAUGGCCACCCAUAUAACCAAUCAGCAUUCCGGCAAAGAUCGCAAAAUGAUCUGCGACACCUGCGGAAAAGAAUUCCUCAACAAGACAUGCUUCGAGCGACAUGUCAAGGAACAUCUAGGGAUCGAAGUGCAUCCGAUGAUGCAGUGUCAAAUUUGUCACAAAUGGCUCAAAGGGGAGCGAUGUUUACAGAAGCACCUGCGCUACACGCACUACGAAACGGAACAGGUGCACACUUGCGAUAUCUGCCAACAGAACUAUCCCAACUCCAGGGCGCUCUGGAGUCACAAGAAAGUGGUACACGUGGAGGAAAAGUUCGAGUGUGAGUUCUGUGGGAAACGGUUCAAACGGGCGAUCAACUUGAAAGAACAUCGCACUGUUCACACGGGAGAGCGACUGUACUCUUGUGAGUAUUGCGGCGCAUCCAUGAACUCGAACGCCAAUUUGUACACGCACGUCAAGAAAAGUCAUCCGGUAGAGCACGCACAGAAACGACAGCAAGCGCCUAUCAUCAGCGGUCCAAAAGCUUAACGAAGGUAGGCACUUAAAUUCGACAUUUGUAAGAAAAUAUUUAAAAAUACAACUAAUGUUUGUUAUUUAUGCCGAAA